CAACAUCUCUCUCUCUUUCUCUCUCUAGAAUUUCAAGCUUCACCAACAACUGAAAACAAAGAAAACAGAGAAGAAGGAAAGAAAGAGAGAAAAGGAAGUUACUUACAGCAAUGGCGCUCACAAACCCAACAACCCUCUCCUCCAAAUCACUCUGCAACAACCCUCUUUCCGUCCCUACCACUCAAUCUCACCAACCCACUUUUCUCGCCACCAAGAAACGCCUCGUCCACCCCAUCUCCGCCGCGGCCGCGGCCGACGGCGGCAAGUCCCCCGUCGUCGCCGAGAAGCCCCCGAAGGCGGCGGUGGCGGCGGCACCGGUGGCGGCGCCGAAGCCCAACUCCGGGAAAUGGAGCAUUGAGAGCUGGAAGACCAAGAAGGCUCUGCAGCUGCCUGAGUACCCAGAUCAGAAUGAGCUCAACACCGUGUUGGGUACCAUUGAGUCGUUCCCGCCGAUCGUGUUCGCCGGAGAGGCCAGGCACUUGGAGGAGAAGAUCGCCGAGGCUGCAAUGGGUAAUGCUUUUCUUCUUCAGGGUGGUGACUGCGCUGAGAGCUUCAAGGAGUUCAGUGCUAAUAAUAUUAGGGACACUUUCAGAGUGAUGCUCCAGAUGGGAGUUGUACUUAUGUUCGGAGGACAAAUGAACGUUGUCAAGGUGGGAAGAAUGGCGGGUCAGUUUGCCAAGCCGAGAUCAGCUGCAGUUGAGGAGAAGAAUGGGAUUACGCUGCCAGUUUACAAGGGAGACAAUAUUAAUGGCGAGGCCUUUGAUGAGAAGUCUAGAAUUCCAGACCCUCAGAGGUUGAUCAGGGCUUACUGCCAAUCUGCUGCAACUUUGAACCUUCUGAGGUCGUUUGCCACCGGAGGGUAUGCCGCUAUGCAGAGGGUUACUCAAUGGAAUCUCGACUUUGCUGAGCACAGUGAGCAGGGAGAUAGGUACCAGGAAUUGGCUCACCGGGUUGAUGAAGCCUUGGGAUUCAUGUCAGCUGCUGGACUUACAGUUGAUCAUCCUAUCAUGAGGACAACUGAGUUCUGGACAUCCCAUGAGUGCUUGCAUUUGCCAUAUGAGCAAGCCCUCACAAGGGAGGAUUCUACUUCUGGACUCUUCUAUGAUUGCUCAGCUCAUAUGCUCUGGUGUGGGGAGCGUACCAGGCAACUGGAUGGUGCCCAUGUUGAGUUCCUAAGGGGAAUCUCCAACCCUAUUGGAGUCAAGGUGAGCAACACAAUGGAUCCAAAGGACCUUGUUAACCUCAUUGAAAUCCUAAACCCCACCAACAAGCCAGGAAGGAUCACAAUCAUUUGCAGAAUGGGUGCUGAGAACAUGAGAGUCAAGCUUCCGCACUUGAUUAGGGCUGUCCGCCAAGCAGGGCAAAUUGUGACCUGGGUCUGCGACCCAAUGCAUGGAAACACUAUUAAGGCACCCUGUGGACUCAAAACACGUCCAUUUGAUGCAAUUCUAGCUGAGGUACGAGCAUUCUUCGAUGUUCAUGAGCAAGAAGGGAGCCAUCCUGGAGGAAUUCAUCUCGAGAUGACUGGCCAGAAUGUUACUGAGUGCAUUGGAGGAUCCCGAACAGUGACUUUCGAUGAUCUGAGCUCACGUUACCACACACACUGCGACCCAAGGCUGAAUGCUUCUCAGGCUCUCGAGCUCGCCUUUAUCAUCGCUGAACGACUAAGGAAGAGAAGGAUCGGAACACAACGUCUACUCUCUUUAAGCCUCUAAGCAAUAUUCCAUUUUGAAGUUCUGCAUCAUUUCAGAUUGUUGGCAAUGUUGAUGUACUUGGUAGCAAAUAAACUUUCGUACGUAUGGGUUUUAUCCAGCAAACUACAUAUUGCAAGCUAGUGAUGGGUAUCAAACUAUCAACAGCAACUAGACAAAAUCCUGAGAAGCUGGAAGACUAGUAAAAUGUCCCUGUUGUUUUUAGCUGUCAAAGAUUCGAUCAUAUGUUUGAACGGUAGGUAUGGUGCCCUCAGAUUUGCAAGCUGCAGAAGCAAGGUGUUGGAGAUCAAACCUGUUCGAGGUUGUUUUGUUUGUAUUUGUAUUUUGAGUUUGUUUACUUAUGAAUGAAGUUUGAUCAGGCAUCCGUUCUUGAAACAAUAAAAAAUCAAAGCAAUAGCCACUUAUGGCGUGCUGAAUUGUUGUUAUGGUUAGCAAAGUGAAUGAAGAAGAAUAGCUAUUGUUUGCUC